UUCACAGUUGAUGAGGGUUAGCUCUUCUCCAAGAUCCUAUUCAGUCUGCUCUGUUUGGCUCCAUACUCCUCGACAAAGCAAACGUGGCAUCACAGUAAAGUGUCCCAACUACCAACUCGUGAAGCUUGAUAAGAGAGCCUGAAUUCUCGUUUUCUUUGAAGUUAGAACGACGUCGUGAAAUAUUAAAUAUGGGCGGAGAAGGAAGAGUCUUCUCCUCUUGUUCUGAUUCAUGGAGGGACCGAAUUCAUCUCCUGAAAAUUUCAAACAUGAUCUCAGAGAUAUAUUCCUUAUGGAACAAGAACAACCCAUCAGUUCUACUGCUACACAGAUUGUGCAGGCUAGAGAUUAUAAAAUCAGGAAUUCACGGGAAGAAGACAUUCUAAAGUUAAGCCAAAAGCAGGAGGCCGAGCUCAUUGGCUACGAUGGAAAGCCUACAGAUGUCAAAAUUCCUAACCCCAACCCCAUGAAGGACCCAGACACUUCUUUGGCUUCCACUGAACAGAGACCCAACAACAUAAACGCCAGUGAGCAGCCCGUAACUACAUCUGAGGAACCCGAAGGGCGUCGCAGGGAAACUAGAGAAUCUGGCAUCAAUGAGGGGGACUCGCAGAAUUUGGGUAUUAAACAAAACAAAACAGCAAAAUCUCGUUUAUAUGAGAUUUGUGCUUACCAUUACUGGAAGCCUCCGGUCUUUGAAUGCUGGAAGGAAGACGGACCAGACCACCAUAAGCUGUUCACAUUCAAGGUCAUUGUGGAGAUAGAAGAAGAAGCCAAUUUGGUCUUAGAGUGCUUUAGUGCUCCUUGUGGAAAGAAGAAAGCUGCAGCAGAGCAUGCAGCAGAAGGUGCAUUGUGGUACCUUCAGCAUCAAGGGUAUCUGCAUAAGGGCAAAUAAUUCAACGGUGAAAUUGGGUUGCUGCAUGGUAUGUCACUCCAUGCUUCCUAUAAUUGAAAUAAUGCCCAAAAUGAUGCAUCAGAUGUAUUUCUAUAGGUUUAUUUUGGUCCUGUAAGCCUGCAGAAAUUUGACAACAUAAGGAUGACCAAGUUGACAUGAAUUAAACAUUGUUUUAUUAUU